AUGGACCAGCUUGUGCUGAGUGCUAUCCGCGACGAUCUAGAGAAGGCACAGAGGCUUCCUCUGCCGAAACUUCUGGAACUGAUUCGUCAGAAAGAGGUGGCUCUUGGCUCUUCUUUACCUGUCGUCGCUGAACCUGUUAUUUCUGAUUUUACCGACACCCCCUUUGACUUUUUACAACAGCAGCUGGCAACAAGCGAUGCCACAGAUGAGAUGUCCACAACGUCCACCUUUGUCCCCAUAAAGGCAUCCCAGCACAAUAGACAGCUCAGUGCAUGUAGCAUUUAUAGUCAACAGAACCUGUCCAAAUCCCUCACUUCCGAUUCUAGUGACAGCGACUCAAAGGAACCGAGUGAAAUAGCCAACUGCGAGAGUACGGAUAGCUUCAGUUUUGAGUGCAAUAUGAGCCAGGUGAGCAGGACCAUCUCCAGACCAAUUUCUUCAAGGAGCUCAAUGCACAGCAUUGCUCAACACAUGCCUCCGAGCAUAACAAAUCUUUUGGGUACCAAGAUGCUAGGGAAUCAGGCACUGACUGGCCGGAUGGCCAACGUGAAUCUGUCGAAAUAUCAAGAGCACCCAAAGCGGAUUGGAAAGCUCGUCAAGUAUAUUAAUGGCCUGUGGACCUGGGAGUCUCCGCCGAGCAAGGUCGUUCUAGUGACAAAGCCCAAUGACAUAGAGUCUGAGUGGCAUCUGAAGCACAUCUUUGCUUGGUUUUCGCGCAAAUCCAUAGCGGUUUACGUUGACCCUCUUGUUGCUCAGCGCUAUACUGGUAUUACGGCCUUUGACCCGGACCAAAUUAAUACGUCUAGUAUAGACCUUGUGAUUUCCAUCGGCGGAGAUGGUACCCUGCUUUACAUCAACUCACUUUUCCAGCGCUAUUGUCCACCUAUCCUGCCAUUUAACUGUGGUUCACUGGGGUUUCUGACACCCUUCUCGCCCAAGGAUAUCGACAAGAAGCUCUCUUCCCUGUUUGACUCUCCUUUCUCUAUCACCGAGCGAACGCGUCUCUAUGCUGCUGUUAUUUCGCCCAGCAGCGCGUCCCAGCAACCGGCUUCACACGUGCCGGCCCUUCCUCAUUCAAAUUCCAUGCGCAAUGCUCAGACAAGUCAGAAGAAGAGAUCCUAUACAGUCCUGAACGAGAUAUCCCUUAUGCGCCAAGAGUCCAAAGACGUGUCCGACCCCAUCUGUACUUUGGACGCCUACGUGGACUCUAGGUUUGUAACAACCAUACAAGGAGACGGGGCAUUGGUGUCCACCCCGAGUGGGUCCACGGCGUAUGCACUGAGUGCAGGAGGUGUCCCGGUUCACCCUACCCUAAACUGCAUGCUCUUGACCUUUAUCUGUCCACACGUUAUGUCUGGAAGACAGGUUUGCUUACCAGGAUCCUGCGUUCUGAAGUUGAAGCAGCCACGAGACUCUCGCGGUUCUUGUGCCGUUGCAUUUGACAAUCGCAUGCGUCUAGAGUUACUGAGAGGCGAGUUUCUUCGGAUUCAGGUCUCCGAGCAUUGCUUCCCCACUAUCAAUGAGCUGGAUAGCAGCACAGAUUGGUUUCGGGCGCUAGUGCGGUGCUUAGGCUGGAACGUCCGCAUCAGGCAGAAGGCCUUUGAUGCGCGGGAUGCUGUUAGAGAAAAGCACGUCGGUGAUACGGACAGCGACGAUCAGUAA